UUUCAAAGCUUUUGUGACAGCGAGGAAAUAAUUGGAAGAAAUUCUGUUUAGACAGCUUCUGGAGAUAUCUCUCACCGAUCUCACCGCUGUAAGUCAACCGAAAGCCUACCGGAGCACGGAGGCGAAGAAUCCAAGAUGAGCGUCAUCGACCUUUUGACCAGAGUAGACGCGAUCUGCCAGAAGUAUGACAAAUACGACGUAGAGAAGCAGAGGGAUCUCAAUGUCUCCGGCGAUGAUGCCUUUGCUCGACUUUAUGCUACUGUCGAAGCCGACAUUGAAGCUGCCCUCCAGAAAGCGGAGGAUGCUUCCAGAGAAAAGAAUAGGGCGUCGGUGGUGGCGUUGAAUGCGGAGAUUCGUCGUACUAAGGCUCGAUUACUGGAGGAGAUCCCCAAGUUGCAGAGAUUGGCUCUAAAGAGGGUGAAGGGGCUAUCAACUGAAGAUCUCACCACUCGAAAUGAUUUGGUGCUUGCAUUGCCCGAUAGGAUUCAAGCCAUACCAGAUGGGACUGCUACUUCCACGAAGAAGAAUGGGGGUUGGACAUCCUCUGCUUCACGCACUGAAAUAAAAUUUGACUCAGACGGGCGAUUUGAUGAUGAGUACUUCCAACACACUGAGGAGUCGAGUCAGUUCAGGCAAGAGUAUGAAAUGCGGAAAAUGAAGCAGGAUCAAGGAUUGGACAUGAUAUCAGAAGGGUUGGACACUCUGAAGAACAUGGCUCAUGAUAUGAAUGAGGAAAUAGACAGGCAAGUUCCUUUGAUGGACGAGAUCGACACUAAGGUGGACAAGGCUGCAUCUGAUCUUAAGAAUACCAACGUCAGAUUAAAGCACACAGUUAACCAGCUAAGGUCCAGCAGAAAUUUCUGUAUUGAUAUCAUUUUAUUGUGCAUAAUCUUGGGCAUUGCUGCCUACCUAUACAAUGUGUUGAAGAAAUGAGCCAACAGAGGGAAAAUCUUCUUGCUAAGAUGAGUAUCAAUAUUUUAGCACAUUAUCUGAUGGUGUUUGUGAUGUUUACUAAUAUUUGUAUGCAUAUUCUUUUUCAAACAAGUCGCUGCAUUGGCAAAUCUUUGUUAUCAUGCUUGAUUAUUGAAUGUUGCACUCAUCAAAUCAACCUCUCAUUACUUUGGACUUGAAAUGUGAACUCUGAUCUCCAUGA